AUGGAUCCAGCUGGGAACACAAUCAACAUGCCUAAACAUGAUCAACGAGCACGGCCAUUCUCAGCUGUGUGCCACCCCCACCGUGUGUCAUUGAAACAUGCGCCAGCAUCUCGUGGUACAUUUAGGACUCAAUUUAAGAGUCGUCGGGUCGGCGCGCAUUGCGUUGCGAAUCAUUACCACAUUAGUCCCACCAACCCCGAUCCGCGCUACGGCGAAACCUUGAGGGGAGAUCGCACCGAUUCUUUGGCCAAUGCAGGGUCCAAUAUCGAUCAGCAUCGAGGGCUUGGAUUAGCGAAAUUAGGAGACUAA